UUCCAUCAUCAAAGAUUUAACAUGCAAACAAAUGCGGUUAUUAAUAAACAAAACAAAACAAAUCCCUCAUUCACACGGAACUUUCUCGACAUAAGACGUAACGCAGUACCUUCUCGCCCCUUCCUUUCUAUUUUUCUCUCAUAACUCUCUCCCUCAUCCUUAUAUUUUCAAGGGAACCUUCUAGAACCAACACAACAACAAUCUUCCCCAAACGCCAACCACCUCUCUCAUGGCCCCGCCGCCCACGGUGGAACACAACCUUGACUCCACCACUACCUCUUCUGUCGCGGUGACGGACUCUCAGAGAUCCAUCCCCACGCCGUUCCUAACCAAAACCUACCAACUCGUCGACGAUCAAUCCAUCGACGAUGUCAUCUCAUGGAACGAAGACGGAUCCACCUUCAUCGUUUGGAACCCUACCGUCUUUGCCAGAGACUUGCUUCCUAAAUAUUUUAAGCAUAACAAUUUCUCCAGCUUCGUCCGCCAACUCAACACUUACGGAUUCAGGAAAGUUGUACCUGACCGGUGGGAAUUCUCGAACGAGUGUUUCCGCCGCGGCGAGAAGCGGCUUCUCUGCGAGAUUCAGCGGCGGAAGAUCUCGUCACCGGGGCCGGCGACGUCGCCGGUAGCAACGCCAACCGCAACGGUCACGGUUCCCGCGCCGAUGCCUUUGACUGCGAUACCGAUCAUCUCGCCGUCAAACUCCGGCGAGGAGCAGGUGAUAUCGUCGAAUUCAUCUCCGUCGCGAGCACCGGCGGAACUUCUCGACGAGAACGAGAGGCUGAGGAAAGAGAACGUUCAACUGACGAAAGAGCUCGCGGAGAUGAGAUCGCUCUGCAACAAUAUAUACUCUCUCAUGUCUAAUUAUGUCAGCGUCACCGGUAACGGAAACGCUAACAACGGCAGCGGGAGUUACCAAACGGAAAACGGUGUCGGUGGUGCACAGGGGAGCAGAGAGUCCGGCAUGACGGCGGUGAAGCCGCUGGAGUUGAUGCCGGUGAAACGGAGCUCCGGCGAUGAUGCGGCGGAAACGGCACCGGAGGAGAUGAAUGCGAAGCUGUUUGGCGUGGCGAUUGGAGCAAAGCGAGCGAGGGAGGGAGGAGGAAGCGGUGGAAAAGGAGAGGAAGAUACGCUGCUGCGGCUGCAUAACCCGGAUCCGCAGCUAGGUCCUGCAGAUGUGAAAUCAGAACCGUUGGAUAGUCAGAAUCAUUGUGAUAAUCAGGAGACUCCAUGGUUGAGUCACUAGACCAAUCAGGGGGUGUGUAACUGACACACGGUGACGGUUAGGCAAAGGAGCAUUUUAGAUUAGAAACGUGAUGGUGUAGGGGAUCUGAGACCGAGCACGCGGAGACACACGUGGCAGUGUCACGUGCGUCGUUUAACCGUAUGGACCGAUUCCCAGAAGUUUCUCAGAAGUCAGAGGAAAAUGAUACUUUGUAGUCCUUUUUUUCCCCUCUCUUUCUUCUUUUAUUAUUUUUUUUUAGUAUUGAUUUGGACUUGGACCGUAGAUUUACCUUCACUAAUAGUGUUCAAAAUUUAAUUGUCUUAUAAAUUAUAUUACUUAUCGGUGGAAAAACUCAUCAUUUAUACUUUUGUCAAUAUAUCAAAACAAUGGUUCAUAGUCA